GGGGCCUCUGGGCUUCUUGUCCUGGUGCCACAGUGCACAGUCCUGACGGAAACGGUGGGCAGGCCAAAGCUCUCCAUCACCCUCAUGUAGCUGGUGAUGGUGUAGUUCCUGCAGCAUGGUACCCAUGCUGUAAUCCAGCUGAUGUCACAAAGGGAUGGUGCACUGCAGGAUGCUCCUGGGCAGUCUGCUCAGGCCCUGGGAUCUAGGAGCUUGGCCAGUACAAGGGGACAGACAGCCUGGGCUGGAGAGAAGACUAGAAGGGUGGGCAGUGCAGAGCCCAGGCUGUGGGUGCCCCCCAGGGAACGCCUUGCUGCUCUGCAGGUGCCUGGCUGACAAGGGCUUCCCGUGGGUCCCAUCUCCGCAGGCAGUGUGCCAGGUCUGGGCAGGGGUCAGCAGCAAACCUCACCUGGCAGUGCAGAAGGGACAAGCUUGUUGUCCCCUUGGUAAAUUCUCUUUCUUUCUUUCCACAACCUGCUUCCCAAGUCGCUCAGUGUCAGUGGACCAGAGCAUGUUUGAGAACUCCAGUGCCAGCACAGCACCCACCCCACGGCCACAUCACGGCCCUGCUGCAGCCCUGCUGCAGCCCUCCCGCCCUGCCGGCAGCCAGCACCUCCGCAACCUGGGCAAGGCCAUGGGGGCCAAGGUGAAUGAUCUCCUGCGCCGCAAGGAGCCAGGUGGCUUCCCUGUUGUGGGAGUGAUGGAGGUGAAUGCCAGUGCUGGUGCCAUUCUGGGCAUGGGACAGCCGGCUAGCGAGGAUGGGGCUGUGGGGCUGGAUGUUUUUCCCCGGCUAGACCCCCCGCCCCCCGUCACCAAGAAGCGGACACCACGUGCCCUGAAGACCCCACAGGACAUGCUCAUUGCUCCACAGCCAGUGGCAACCACCCCAACGAGCAGCACGGAGGAGUCCCCUGAACCACCCACAGCCCACUCUGACCCCUCAGAGGAGCAGCCGGGGAUGAGGGACCCAUCCCCUCUAGAAUGCCUUGGGGUCCCCAGCAUGAUGGGCACCCCAGGUUCCAGUGGGGACCAGCCCACUGGUGCUCUUCCUGUGCCUGACCUCAUCCAUAAGGGCAACCUGGAGAGCCAGCGGCGAACAGGAGAGUCGCUUGGCACAGAGAAGUCCUCCCAGAGACCAGGGCUGGAGCAUGAGCCACUGGGGAGCACAGGGCGGCCAGAGGCAUGUUCCCCUGGCUGGGAGGUGGAGGGGCCCCAUCCUGACUUACUGUCAUUUGAGUAGCAGUGGGGGAGCCACAGCAGGGGCACUGUGGGGGCUGGCUCUCCCAAGCGUGUCUCCUGCAGCCAUAUGCUGACCCCAUGUCUCUUUGGGGUCAUUUUGGAGAGGGGGAAUCCCCAGGGUGGCAGAAGCCCCUGCUGCCCCAGUCUGGGGUGCUAGAACAUCCCACUUCUUCCCAAAUUCCCAGGAGGGGAGCAGCCUGUCCUGCUAUGACUUCUGCAGCCCCAUCCUGGGUUUAUUUGCCGUGGUCUGUGCAAAGCUUCCAUCCCGCCACAGUGCUUCCAUCCUGUCUGCAGCCAGGAACCAUGCUGGGCUGGGGACCAAGGGUUGGGGUCAUUCAGCAGCCUGGGUGCUCAUGCAUGGGUGCACAAGCACCAGCUUGCCCCCAACCCUGUCCGCUCUGCCCGGCCAAGUGUCCCACACUGUGCUGGCUUCCCUGGUCAGGAGGAUUUCCCAGCUUAUGCUAUGUGCUUGCUGAGAUACCCUGUCCCAGGGUGCUAGUGGGCUUACUCACACCUGUAGUCUAGUGCCAGUGAGCCAGGAUGGCACCUUCUCCAGGUGCCAACCCUGUAGCAUUGUUCUGCCCAGUGCCAUCUCUCUGCACCUGAGCCCCAGUUUUGGGGAACCCACUCGCAGAGUGAGUUUUGCUGGGGAGCAGGGCUGGUCACCUGGGCCUGCACGGCUGCUGACCACUAGGCUCUGGCUGAGAGCUGAGCCUCCCUGUGAGACUCACCUCUAGCUCCUGCUUGUUUCCUGGUUUCACCCCAGCCAGCACGGAAAGGGCUGGCCUGCCCAGGCAGGCAGCACGCUGUGUGGGCCAGUGCCACCGUUCUUCUUUAUUUGUUGGCAUGGUGAUGUCUUUGUGAAAUUGGGACACAGGAAGCCAUAUGGUCCUCCAAUACUGCUAUAUGAUUGUUUCCCCAUGAAUUACAGCCCGUGGAUCCAUGGGCUGGUGCAAGGAAGCAGCUGUGAGAUGGCAGUUUUUGCUUAGACUUUUUAUGUGCAUCCUCACUACAAAGGUGGUUUGAGAGGAAAAGUUCCCAAGACCACAUUUGAGCUGGAGGAGGCUAGGGAGUCAUGGAUGGGGCACCUCUGCUCACAGCUCCUCUGGUGCCAUGCAGGACACUUGUGCCAAAGAAAUGUCUUCCACCACCCAAAGCCAUGCUUGUGGUCCUUCUGAAGGAUGGAGGCCGUGAGUAUGAAUCCCUUUGCUUUGGGAGCAGUCAACAUGCCUGCUGGCAUGGCGGACGCUGUGGCAGCACUGGGGCUCUGCAGCUCUCAUCCCCUGGGAAGGCCCUGCCGGAGAUGAAGGAGACAUCAGAGAUGCACAGAGGCUGCGGCCAGCCUGUGGCCAGUGCUAUGGUAUAACACACCCUGUGUAUAAUGCGAUUACACUGUGUGUGGCUGAUUCCACCCCACAAACAGAAAUCUGUGUGAGUAUGUAUAUGUGUAUGCUGCCUAGGUCUAUACUGCAUUGUUUAUGUAGAUGGAAAAAAGGGCUUGUAGCUCUUCUUUGAAGAACCAGCAUCUUCCAACCCUACCGAUCACAAGGGAACCUCACUGCUGGUCCAGUCCCUCUAUUUAAUUUGUGUAGAGUGUCUGUGUAGUUUGGGACAAAAGAUGCAGAUUGCACAAUAAA